AUGUACAAUCCGGGUGGGAAAAAUCAUCCCAACUUCUCAUGGAAAGACCAAAAAGGAAUUGCUCCUCAACAUGUGACAACACGAAGUGGUAAAUCUGAUGAAGUUAUUGAGGAAGUGGACAAAGAGGAAGACCAAUUGAUCGAAGUGGACCUUGAGAUCAAAGAAAAUGAAGUUGUUAGGAGAGAAGUGAUAGCACCGAAACCGGUUGUGAAAGAAAAAGUCAUUGAGCCCAAGCCGGUUGUUAAGCUCCCUUUCCCCACUAGAAACAAGAAAAAAGGACAACAUGAGAAAAACUUUGAAAAAUCCUUAGAGUUGUUCAAGAAGCUGGAGAUUAACAUUCCGUUGUUGGAGGCACUUGAACAAAUGCCCACGUAUGUCAAGUUCAUGAAGGAUAUCAUUUCAAAGAGGCGUACCACCAACACUAACCCUAUUAUUCUAAUCAAAACUUGUAGUUCUAUUUUGCAGGGUAUGAAGAUUCCGAUAAAGAAGAAGGAUCGAGGAGCUAUCACUAUUCCAUGUACUAUUGGAGAUAGGUCGUUCAACAAAGCUCUUAUUGAUCUGGGAGCUAGCGUGAGUCUCAUUCCGUUAUCUAUUUACAAGAAGCUCAGUAUAGGGGUUGUUCAAGAUACCAGAAUGACACUCCAAUUCGUCGAUCAUUCGAUCAAGAAACCGUAUGGCAUUGUUGAAGAUGUUCUGGUGAAAAUUGAUAACUUUGUAUUUUUGGUGGAUUUUGUAAUUCUUGAAAUGCCGAAAGAUGAAGAGAUCCCUCUCAUUCUGGGGAUACCCUUUUUGGAGAUGGGACGGUGCUUGAUAAACAUAGAAGAAGGAACAAUGUUGCUGAAGGUUUAUGAUGAGGAAUUGAAAAUCGAUGUUCAAAACAUCAUGAGGUACAAGGAUGAUAUUUGUACCAAUCAUACUAUAGAGGUGCUGGAUCAGGUGACGACAUAUGAUAACCCUUUGCAUACACCCCACUCACCUUUGGAAAAAGUGUUAAGUUUGUCCAUUUUCGAUUUGGAUAAAGAGGUGGACAACGGGGAAUCUGAAGUUCUGGCCUUGUUGGACGCACAAACCCUGUGGAAAGGAUCUCGACCACGCCGGUGGGAGGAUUUAUGCGUACCUCAAUCUAGUGAAGAGAAUGAAGAACCUAAGAAGGAAACAGAGUUGAAACAACUUCCUGACAAUCUAAAAUAUGUCUUUCUCGAACCUGAAGGAAAAUGUCCUGCUAUCAUAAACUCGAGCCUUCAGAAUAUCUAA